ACAAACGUCGUGUAGACAACAGGUUCCAUCUAGUCAGUGAUUGUGGUUUUGUUUUGUUUACUAAUGACACGUUAGUUAACCGAGGUCAGACAUUCUUCUUCACGAAUUCUCUUGAGUUACCUGGACUUGACCAAACAGUACCGCCAUGGGGUGGUCAAACAUACAGGUCAUUGUCCUUGCGAUACUCACAGUCGUCAUGGCAACGACACAGGCAGACGAUUACAACGGUCUGGACGUGAACAAAGACCUCCAGGACGGCGACAAGGACUUCCUGUUUGAGACUUUCCCAGAGGGCUUCGUCUGGGCUGCGGCAACGGCAGCCUACCAGGUGGAGGGGGCUUGGGAUGUGGAUGGUAAAGGUCCGAGUAUCUGGGACGUGUUCACCAGCGAGCCUGGACGUGUAGAGGACAAACAGACAGGACGUGUGGCCUGUGACAGCUACCACAAGUACAAGGAAGACGUUCAGAUGCUCAAACAGAUGGGGUUCACUCACUACCGUUUUUCUAUUGGCUGGUCUCGUGUCAUGCCAGACGGCACUAACCGCACAAUCAACAGGGCGGGGCUGGACUACUAUCGCAGGCUUAUCACGGAGCUGAAGCAGAACGGCAUCGAACCAAUGAUCACACUGUACCACUGGGACCUGCCUGAAGCUCUAGAACAGAAGGGCGGCUGGCUCAACGAGGACAUUGUCGGCUACUUCAGGGACUAUGCUGAGCUGGUUUUCAAAGAGUUCGCUCCCUUGGUAAAUUACUGGAUCACACUGAACGAGCCGUGGGUCGUGUCGAAUCACGGCUACGGUACAGGUGAGAAGGCCCCGGGCAGGUGGGGUCCUGGCACCAACGUCUACCUCGUCGCACACAACCUGAUCAAGGCUCACGUCGCCGUCUACAGGCUGUACAACGACACGUAUAGGGCUCAAAGUCCAGGUGGUAAAGGUCAGAUCGGCAUCACACUCAACACUGACAACUACCUGCCCAAGAACAGCACGGACCCAGGGGACAUUGAGGCCUCAGAGAGGGGGAGACUUUUCAACUUUGGCUGGUUCGCUCAUCCCAUUUUCUUGACAGGCGAUUACCCCGAGGUUAUGAAGACAAAGAUCAAAGAAAAAAGUCAAAAACUUGGUCACCCAUCUCGACUUCCAACUUUCACGGAUGAAGAAAUUCGUCUCAACAAAGGCACGUCAGAUUUCAUUGGCUUGAACUACUACACGUCACGAUACGCCACACCAGCUGACCUGCCCUUUGACCCCCCAUCUUUUGAAAACGACCAGGACAUCUCGCGUGAAGUGGACCCGGCAUGGCCAGGGUCAGGGUCGUUUUGGCUGUUCAGCGUACCGUUAGGGUUCCGUGGGAUCUUUAACUGGAUCAAAACAACGUACAACAACAUCCCGGUCUACGUCACUGAGAACGGCAUCUCUGACAGGAACUCGACACUGAGAGAUGCUCACAGGAUAACGUACUACAGGCAACAUAUCAACCAGAUGCUCAAGGCGCUGCACCAAGACGGCUGCAACAUUCGAGGCUACACCGCCUGGUCUCUGAUGGACAACUUCGAGUGGCAGAGUGGCUACACGGAGAAGUUCGGCCUCUAUCACGUGGACUUUAACCACCCCAACAGGACUCGAACCCCCAAGGCUUCGGCACAGUUCUUCGCUAACCUCAUCAGAGACAACGGCUUCAAGAAAGGUUAUAGCGGCGAUGCUGCCCAGCCUACUGGCAUUGUUUACAUGGAAGACGAGUUCCAGGUCCUGUACGACCAGUUCCCUGACGACUUCCUGUGGGCCACCGCUACAGCAUCUUACCAGGUCGAAGGGGGGUGGGAUGAGGAUGGCAAGGGCCCGAGUAUCUGGGACACCUGGGCCCACAGCAAUAAAAUCUCCCACAACGAGACUGGUGACGUGGCCUGUGACAGCUACCACAAGUACAAGGAAGAUGUUCAGAUGCUCAAGUACCUCGGGGUCAACCAUUACCGUUUCUCCAUCUCCUGGCCCCGAGUGAUGGCUGACGGCACGCCAAACACCAUCAAUGAGCCGGGGAUCCAGUACUACAACAACCUGAUUGAUGAACUCAUACAUAACAAUAUUCAACCUAUGGUGACGCUGUAUCACUGGGACCUACCACAAACCCUGCAAGACAAAGGCGGCUGGCUCAACAGCAGCCUACAGGAUGAUUUUGUCGAGUACAGCAGACUCUGUUUCCAACGGUUCGGAGAUCGGGUGAAGAAAUGGAUCACAUUUAACGAGCCCCCAAUUGUCACCAUCCUCGGUUACGGAGAUGGUAUUUUCCCCCCUGGGAACUUUGACCCCGCUAGAGGAGCUUAUCAGGCGGGUCACAACCUGAUCCUGGCCCACGCUAAAGCCUACAGGCUCUACGAGAGGGACUUUAAGCCUACCCAGAAAGGAGAGGUUGGCAUCACCAUCAACCAGAACUGGGCCGAACCACGUGACCCGCUGAACCUAUCAGACGUGAAGGCCGCCAUGACCAGCUUAAGUUUCUACAGCGAUUGGUUUGGACAUCCGAUCUUCAUCGACGGCGACUACCCGCAGAUUAUGAAAGCGAGAGUUGCCGAGAGAAGCCGAGAGCAGGGCCUUAAUGAGAGUCGUCUGCCAGCUUUCACCGAAGACGAAAAACAGUUAAUUAAAGGUACUGCUGACUUCCUGGGCGCCAACCUCUACACCGCGACAUACGACAGCAACGACCCACAACCCGCGUCCAAUCCACCAAACUACUACAACGACAAGGCCACGUCAUCAGAAUACGACCCCAAAUGGCUCGGGUCGGGAUCGUUUUGGCUGAAGGUGGCGCCCUUUUCCAUCCGGAAGUUGAUGAACUGGUACAAGUACCACUACAACAACGUGCCGGUCUACAUCACAGAGAACGGCAUCAGUGACCGGAACGGCAGCCUGCACGACUGGCACAGGAUCCACUACUACAGGCUCUACCUGAGUGAAGUUUUGAAAGCCAUUAAAUUAGACGGCUGUAACGUGAAGGGCUACACGGCCUGGUCCCUGAUGGACAACCUGGAGUGGCUGUGGGCGUUUGACGAGAAGUUCGGCCUCUACCACGUCAACUUUACUGACCCGGCCAGACCCAGGACACCCAAGGCAUCGGCCCAGUUUUUCAAAACACUGGUGGCGGAUAAUGGCUUCAAACACGGCUACACACAGAAAGGUGGGUGGGGCACGGCUGUGGAAAUGACUGACGACUUCCUGUACGGCAAAUUUCCAGAGAAUUUCGCCUGGGGCAUGGCCACGUCUGCUUACCAGAUAGAGGGCGCGUGGGAUGCUGAUGGUAAAGGAGAGAGUAUCUGGGACCGACAGAGCCACCUGGGAUUGAUAAAAAACAACGACACGGGUGACGUGGCUUGUGACAGCUAUAACAAAAUGGACGAGGACAUUCAGAUCAUCAAAGACCUGGGGAUCAGCCACUACCGCUUCUCUCUGUCCUGGGCCCGUCUCCUACCCAACGGAACUCUGCCAGCUAACCAAGCCGGAAUGGAUCAUUACAAAACAUUCAUCAGGAAACUCAGAGAAAUAGGGGUGGAGCCUCUAGUCACCAUGUACCACUGGGACCUACCCCAAGGCCUCCAAGACAAGGGCGGCUGGUUAAACCCAGACAUUGUCGGCUGGUUCAAAGAUUACGCUGAGCUUUGCUAUACACAGUUUGGAGACCAGGUAAAAAUGUGGAUAACGUUUAACGAGCCUUGGGUCUUCACCCUGUUCGGCUACGGACAAGGCAACGACGCCCCUGGCAUCAAAGACAUCAGGAAUAACCCGUACAAGGCGUCACAUUACGUCAUCAAAGCCCACGCUGAAGCUUAUCAUUUGUAUCAAGAUAUGUUCAAGGAUACACAAACAGGUCAGGUUGGCAUCACCUUGAACUGCGAGUGGUUUGAACCACGUGACGUGACCGUGGAGCAGGACAUCGAGGCGUCAGACCGGAAACUCCAGUUCUGGAUGGGCUGGCACGCCCACCCCAUCCUGGUCAGUGGCGACUACCCGGAUGUGAUGAAAGCCUACGUUCUAAACGCCAGUCUUGAAGAAGGUCUGGCCACCUCCAGGCUGCCGGAGUUUACACCGGAGGAAAAACUUAGAAUCAAGGGCACUGCCGACUUCCUAGGGUUAAACCACUACUCAAGUAACGUGGCCUACGAAUCUAUUGGAGGCGAGCCUGGCUAUUUCGGCGACCAGAAAGUCAGCGAUUAUAAGGACCCGGCAUGGCAGACCCCGUACUGGCCAUAUGCCUGGGUCAACCCGAUUGGCCUGAGGAAAGUCCUGAACUGGAUAAGAAGGGAAUAUGGCGACAUCCCCAUCUACAUCACAGAAAACGGUAUCAGUGACGACAACGGCACGUUAGACGACCCCCAUCGUGUGCUCUAUUUACAGGAUUAUAUCAACAACGUCCUCAAAGCUAUCGUACUGGACAAAGUGAACGUGAAAGGCUACUUCACUUGGUCACUGCUGGACAACUUCGAGUGGUCGAUUGGAUACUCCGUCAAGUUUGGCGUCUAUCAGGUGGAUUUUAACCACCCCAACAGAACACGGAGACCCAAAACAUCAGCUCGCUAUUUGUAUGAGCUUUACAGACAGAACGGCUUUAUAGAAGGAACCCCAACCGACCCUAAGACAAGAGCUGCACCUCUCUAUGAGAAUGACGUCUACUACGGCCAGUUUCCUGAUGCCUUUUCUUUUGGUGUGUCAGCAGUGGGGUUUGACGUACAAGGGGAGGUCAACAACCACGAUUCACCAGGAACUGAGCAAUGGUGCUGGUUAAAGCAGGACCAAACGUUUUGUUCAACAGAUCGUGGGUCCAGUGUCGUGGAUCUGCUCCUCAACACGACAAGUCUGGUGCCUUCAGUCUUGGACGCCAGUGCUCAGAUCUCGAGGGAUAUAAUGUCGCUCAGGAGUAUCCAGGCCAACCACUUUUACUUCCCAAUCACCUGGUCACGUGUCCUGCCAACCGGAAGUGCUGGAGGUGUAAGCCAGUCUGGCAUCAACUAUUACCACACGCUCAUUGACCAGUUGCUGGACGCUGGUCUAGUGCCUGCUGUCGUCAUCAACCAAUGGGAUUACCCGGCUCUCUUUCAGAAAACCGGCUGGUGGGAGCCUGCAAUGGUCGAUGAAUAUCUUUACCUAGCCCGGGUCUGUUUCGAACAGUUUGGGACGAAGGUAUUUUACUGGUCGACCUUUUCCCUGCCAGAAAACCUGCCGUCCCUGUUACCUGCGGGUCAGGAGCAGGACAGGUACAAGGUCUACAAAAACGUCUUGCUCGCUCACGCACGUGCAUACAGGCUGUACCAGACGGAGUUUAAAGCUGACCAAAAAGGUUUUGUGGGCAUCUCUCUGGCCCCAAUACUGGCCAGUCCAAACAAUCCCAGAGACCCCAGCCACGCCAGGUCAGCCGAGCGGGUCACAGAGUACAGCUUUGGGCUUUUUGCUGACCCCAUCUUUGGCAGCGGCGACUUUUCUGAUGAGGUCAAGGUCACAGCUGGACAAGACUUGGUUCCACUGUCGGCGUCAGAACAAGAGCUGAUUCAAGGGAGCGCCGACUUCUUUGGACUCGAUUACUACAACACAAAAUCUGUGGGCAGAGAUGCUAACGUUACAGAGGAAGGAGUACUCGCUCUGACCGAUUACCCCAGCCCUAACAGAUCGAAUCCUCAGGGACUGAGGGCUGUACUGGGCGUCAUCAGACGACGGUACAACAACAUCCAGGUCAUGGUCACAGGAAAUGGGGUCAAGGACGAGGCUGGGGAUCUGAACGAUAAUUUCAGGUCUGAUUUCAUUAGUCAUCAUGUGGACGAGGUACUCAAAGCUGUUGUUAUCGACGGAAGUGACGUCAAGGCCUACACCUAUCGAUCACUUGCCGACAGUUUUGAGUGGACCGCUGGCUACAGGCCCAAGUUCGGCUUGUUCAAGGUCGACUUCAGCGACCCUGUAAGGUCAAGGACGGCCAGGAACUCUACUGCAACCUUUACUAAAAUUGUGACAGACCGUGGAGUUUUGAGGGGUCCUGGGACAUCUUCCAGCUAUCAGAGCCGAGGAGAUAAGACACCAUUCUGUAGACAGCCAACGCUACGGAAUACACUGGAUAAGACAGAAAACUCAGUCAUGGCUGCUGUGUUCUUACUUCUCACGGUCGUCAUGGCAACGGUCCAGGCUAACGAUUACAACGGUCUGGACGUGAACAAAGACCUCCAGGACGGGGACAAGGACUUCCUGUUUGAGACUUUCCCAGAGGGCUUCGUCUGGGCUGCGGCAACGGCAGCCUACCAGGUGGAGGGGGCUUGGGAUGUGGAUGGUAAAGGCCAGAGUAUCUGGGACGUGUUCACCAGCGAGCCUGGACGUGUAGAGGACAAACAGACAGGACGUGUGGCCUGUGACAGCUACCACAAGUACAAGGAAGAUGUUCAGAUGCUCAAACAGAUGGGGUUCACUCACUACCGUUUUUCUAUUGGCUGGUCUCGUGUCAUGCCAGAUGGUACUAACCGCACAAUCAACAGGGCAGGGCUGGACUACUAUCGCAGGCUUAUCACGGAGCUGAAGCAGAACGGCAUCGAGCCAAUGAUCACACUGUACCACUGGGACCUGCCUGAAGCUCUAGAACAGAAGGGCGGCUGGCUCAACGAGGACAUUGUCGGCUACUUCAGGGACUAUGCUGAGCUGGUUUUCAAAGAGUUCGGUCCCUUGGUGAAUUACUGGAUCACACUGAACGAACCGUGGGUCGUGUCGAAUCACGGCUACGGUACAGGUGAGAAGGCACCGGGCAGGUGGGGUCCUGGCACCAACGUCUACAUCGUCGCACACAACCUGAUCAAGGCUCACGUCGCCGUCUACAGGCUGUACAACGACACGUAUAGGGCUCAAAGUCCAGGUGGUAAAGGUCAGAUCGGCAUCACACUCAACACUGACAACUACCUGCCCAAGAACAGCACGGACCCAGGGGACAUUGAGGCCUCAGAGAGGGGGAGACUUUUCAACUUUGGCUGGUUCGCUCAUCCCAUUUUCUUGACAGGCGAUUACCCCGAGGUCAUGAAGACAAAGAUCAAAGAAAAAAGUCAAAAACUUAGUCAACCAUCCCGACUUCCAACUUUCACGGAUGAAGAAAUUCGACUCAACAAAGGCACGUCAGAUUUUAUUGGCUUGAACUACUACACGUCACGAUACGCCACACCAGCUGACCUGCCCUUUGACCCCCCAUCUUUUGAAAACGACCAGGACAUCUCGCGAGAAGUGGACCCGGCAUGGCCAGGGUCAGGGUCCUUUUGGCUGUUCAGCGUACCGUUGGGGUUCCGUGGGAUCUUUAACUGGAUCAAAACAACGUACAACAACAUCCCGGUCUACGUCACUGAGAACGGCAUCUCUGACAGGAACUCGACACUGAGAGAUGCUCACAGGAUAACGUACUACAGGCAGCAUAUCAACCAGAUGCUCAAAGCGCUGCACCAAGACGGCUGCAACAUUCGAGGCUACACCGCCUGGUCGCUGAUGGACAACUUCGAGUGGCAGAGUGGCUACACGGAGAAGUUCGGCCUCUAUCACGUGGACUUUAACCACCCCAACAGGACUCGAACCCCCAAGGCUUCGGCACAGUUCUUCGCUAACCUCAUCAGAGACAACGGCUUCAAGAAAGGUUAUAGUGGUCAAGGUGGUCUGGCGACAGGUGUUGUGUACAUGGAGAAUGAUUUCCAGGUCUUUUAUGACCAGUUCCCUGGAGACUUUGCAUGGUCAACAGCAACAGCUUCUUACCAGAUAGAGGGGGCCUGGAAUACUGACGGCAAGGGCCCGAGCAUCUGGGACACCUGGGCCCACGCAGGGAAGAUUGACCACAACGAGACAGGUGACGUGGCGUGUGACAGCUACCACAAGUACAAGGAAGAUGUCCAGCUUCUCAAGAACCUCGGGGUGACCCAUUACCGUUUCUCCAUCUCCUGGCCUCGCGUGAUGUCUGAUGGUACCCUGAACACGGUCAACGAACCAGGCAUACAGUACUACAACAACGUCAUUGAUGAGCUUCUGGCGAAUAACAUACAACCUAUGGUGACCUUAUACCACUGGGACCUCCCCCAAGCCCUAGAAGACAAGGGCGGCUGGCUGAACAAGUCCAUACAAGACGACUUCGCCGAGUACAGCAGGCUCUGCUUCCAAAGGUUUGGAGACCGAGUCAAGAAGUGGAUCACAUUUAACGAGCCCCCAAUCGUUACCAUCAUGGGGUACGGGGAUGGGACGAGUGCCCCCGGACACAGGGACCCGGGUAGGGGCGGCUACAUUAGUGGGUACAACUUAAUCGUGGCCCACGCUAAAGCAUACAGACUGUAUCAGCAGGAGUUUAAAGCAACUCAAAAAGGCGAGGUUGGCAUCACAAUCAACCAAGGUUGGCCAGAACCGCUCGACCCACUGAGUCUGGACGACAUCAAGGCGUCAGAGCGGAGCAUCAGCUUCUAUGGAGGCUGGUUCGCUCACCCGAUAUUUGUAGAUGGCGACUAUCCUCCGGAAAUGAAGCGGAGAGUUCUAGAAAGAAGUCUGGCACAGGGCCUCAGUGAGAGCAGGUUGCCAGAGUUUACAGACCAGGAGAAGCAAAUUAUUAACGGUUCUUCUGAUUUCUUCGGAAUAAAUUUUUAUUCUGCCGGCCUGACGACCAACGACCCCCAGCCUCCGUCUAACCCACCCAACUACUACAACGACCAGGAGACUAGGGGGGAAACAAACCCAUCCUGGGUGGGGUCAGGUUCCGAUUGGCUGAAGGUGACGCCGUUUGGUAUCCGGAAGGUGUUGAACUGGCUGAAGAACAACUACAACAACGUGCCGGUCUACAUCACAGAGAACGGCAUCAGUGACCGGAACGGCAGCCUGCACGACUGGCACAGGGUCCACUACUACAGGCUCUACCUGAGCGAAAUUUUGAAAGCCAUCAAAUUGGACGGCUGUAACGUGAAGGGCUACACGGCCUGGUCGUUGAUGGACAACCUGGAGUGGACGAGAGCCUAUGACGAGAGAUUCGGACUUCAUUACGUCAACUUUACUGACCCGGCUAGACCCAGAACACCCAAGGCAUCGGCUCGGUUUAUCAAAACCUUAAUCGCAGAUGGAGGCUUCAAACACGGCUACACACAGAAAGGUGGGUGGGGCACGGCUGUGGAGAUGACUGACGACUUCCUGUACGGCAAAUUUCCAGAGAAUUUCGCCUGGGGCAUGGCCACGUCUGCUUACCAGAUAGAGGGCGCCUGGGAUGCUGAUGGUAAAGGUGAGAGUAUCUGGGACCGACAGAGCCACCUGGGAUUGAUAAAAAACAACGACACGGGUGACGUGGCUUGUGACAGCUAUAACAAAAUGGACGAGGACAUUCAGAUCAUCAAAGACCUGGGGAUCAGCCACUACCGCUUCUCUCUGUCAUGGGCCCGUCUCCUACCCAACGGAACUCUGCCAGCUAACCAAGCCGGAAUCGAUCAUUACAAAACAUUCAUCAGGAAACUCAGAGAAAUAGGGGUGGAGCCUCUAGUCACCAUGUACCACUGGGACCUACCCCAAGGCCUCCAAGACAAAGGCGGAUGGUUAAACCCAGACGUUGUCGGCUGGUUCAAAGAUUACGCUGAGCUCUGCUACACACAGUUUGGAGACCAGGUAAAAAUGUGGAUAACGUUUAACGAGCCUUGGGUCUUCACCCUGUUCGGCUACGGACAAGGCAACGACGCCCCUGGCAUUAAAGACAUCAGGAACAACCCGUACAAGGCGUCACAUUACGUAAUCAAAGCCCACGCUGAAGCUUAUCAUUUGUAUCAAGAUAAGUUCAAGGAUACACAGAAAGGUCAGGUUGGCAUCACCUUGAACUGCGAGUGGUUUGAACCACGUGACGUGACCGUGGAGCAGGACAUCGAGGCGUCAGACCGGAAACUCCAGUUCUGGAUGGGCUGGCACGCCCACCCCAUCCUGGUCAGUGGCGACUACCCGGAUGUGAUGAAAGCCUACGUUCUAAACGCCAGUCUUGAAGAAGGUCUGGCCACCUCCAGGCUGCCGGAGUUCACACCGGAGGAAAAACUUAGAAUCAAGGGUACGUCCGACUUCCUAGGGUUAAACCACUACUCCAGUAACGUGGCCUACGAAUCUACUGGCGGCGAGCCUGGCUAUUUCGGCGACCAGAAAGUCAGCGAUUAUAAGAACCCAGCAUGGCAGACUCCGUACUGGCCAUAUGCCUGGGUCAACCCGAUUGGCCUGAGGAAAGUUCUGAACUGGAUAAGAAGGGAAUACGGCGACAUCCCCAUCUACAUCACAGAAAACGGUAUCAGUGACGAUAACGGCACGUUAGACGACCCCCAUCGUGUGCUCUAUUUACAGGAUUAUAUCAACAACGUUCUCAAAGCUAUCGUACUGGACAAAGUAAACGUGAAAGGCUACUUCACUUGGUCACUUCUGGACAACUUCGAGUGGUCGAUUGGAUACUCCGUCAAGUUUGGCGUCUAUCAGGUGGAUUUUAACCACCCCAACAGAACACGGAGACCCAAAACAUCAGCUCGCUAUUUGUAUGAGCUUUACAGACAGAACGGCUUUAUAGAAGGAACCCCAACCGACCCUAAGACUAGAGCUGGACCUCUCUAUGAGAAUGACGUCUACUACGGCCAGUUUCCUGAUGCCUUUUCUUUUGGUGUGUCAGCAGUGGGGUUUGACGUACAAGGGGAGAUCAACAACCACGAUCGUGGGACCAGUGUCGUGGAUCUUCUCCUCAACACGACAAGUCUGGUGCCUUCAGUCUUGGACGUCAGUGCUCAGAUCUCCAGGGAUAUAAUGUCGCUCAGGAGUAUUCAGGCCAACCACUUUUACUUCCCAAUCACCUGGUCACGUGUCCUGCCAACCGGAAGUGCUGGAGGUGUAAGCCAGUCUGGCAUCAACUAUUACCACACGCUCAUUGACCAGCUGCUGGACGCUGGUCUAGUGCCUGCUGUCGUCAUCAACCAAUGGGAUUACCCGGCUCUCUUCCAGAAAACCGGCUGGUGGGAGCCUGCAAUGGUCGAUGAAUAUCUUUACCUAGCCCGGGUCUGUUUCGAACAGUUUGGGACGAAGGUAUUUUACUGGUCGACCUUUUCCCUGCCAGAAAACCUGCCGUCCCUGUUACCUGCGGGUCAGGAGCAGGACAGGUACAAGGUCUACAAAAACGUCUUGCUCGCUCACGCACGUGCAUACAGGCUGUACGAGACGGAGUUUAAAGCUGAGCAAAAAGGAUUUGUGGGCAUCUCUCUGGCACCAAUACUGGCCAGUCCAAACAAUCCCAGAGACCCCAGCCACGCCCGGUCAGCCGAGCGGGUCACAGAGUACAGCUUUGGGCUUUUUGCUGACCCCAUCUUUGGCAGCGGCGACUUUUCUGAUGAGGUCAAAGUCACAGCUGGACAAGACUUGGUUCCAUUGUCGGCGUCAGAACAAGAGCUUGUUCAAGGGAGCGCCGACUUCUUCGGACUCGAUUACUACAAUACAAAAUCUGUGGGCAGAGAUGCUAACGUUACAGAGGAAGGAGUACUCGCUCUGACCGAUUACCCCAGCCCUAACAGAUCGAAUCCACAGGGACUGCGGGCUGUACUGGGCGCCAUCAGACGACGGUACAACAACAUCCAGGUCAUGGUCACAGGAAAUGGGGUCAAGGACGAGGCUGGGGAUCUGAACGACAGUUUCAGGUCUGAUUUCAUACGUCAGCACGUGGACGAGGUACUCAAAGCCGUCCGUCUAGACGGAAGUGACGUCAAGGCCUACACCUAUCGAUCACUUACCGACAGUUUUGAGUGGACCGCUGGCUACAGGCCCAAGUUCGGCUUGUUCAAGGUCGACUUCAGCGACCCUGCACGGUCAAGGACGACGAGGAACUCUACUGCUACCUUUACUAAAAUUGUGGCAGACCGUGGAAUUUUGAGGGGUUGAUAACAUUUUAUUGUACACUUCGAUAAAAAGCAGCUAACAGUUGUGUUUCUAUAAUUAAUGAAGUCUGAUCAUCAUUAUCUAUUGUAAUUUGAGUUUAUAUUUGUGUAUGUAGUGGAAAUUAUAUAGCCUUGAUCAUUAUUUUUUUAAAAUUACUCUGUUAACUCGUGCUAAUUACACUUAUAA